UUGUUAACAACAUAUGCUUCUCCAAAAAGAUAUCCUUUUUUCAGUAACUUUGAACAUGUCAAUCUUUGCAUGGAUUUUCUUCUUCUACAUUUUGUGUCUCUGAUUUCCUUAAAUGCACACACUUGGGAUAUUGACUCAAUCUCGACCAAAUGGCUUAGUAGUCCCAGAUGCUAGCUUGUUCCCAGUGAAAUUACCUUCAGAUGUUAUUAAGCUAAUGGAAAUUGGACUUAAAAAUAGAGCCAUUGCUGCAACUGCUAUGAAUGAACGAAGUAGUCGUUCUCACAGUGUUGUCUCAGUUCACGUUACCGGGAAGGACUUAAAGACUGGUUGCACUAUGGCUGGUAAUCUUCAUUUGGUAGAUUUGGCUGGAAGUGAAAGAGUAGAUCGUUCUGAAGUAAUUGGGGAUAGGCUCAAAGAAGCACAGCAUAUAAACAGAUCACUAGCUGCCCUUGGAGAUGUUAUUUUUUCCCUUUCUCAAAAGAGCUCUCAUGUACCAUACAGAAACAGCAAGCUUACUCAACUUCUACAAACUUCUCUUGGUGGUCAAGCAAAGACGCUCAUGUUCGUCCAAAUCAAUUCAGACGUAAGUUCAUAUUCUGAAACUCUGAGCACUUUAAAGUUUGCUGAGAGGGUUUCUGGAGUUGAAUUAGGAGCUGCACGAAGUAACAAAGAGGGCAAAGACUUUAGAGAAAUGAUGGAACAGGUGUCUUCUUUGAAGAGCUCUAUUUUGGCAAAAGAUGAGGAGAUUGAGAGGCUUCAAGCCAUGAAAGGUUUAGCUGGUAGCAGAGUUAAGCGAAAUAUAAUUCCACGAAGUAGAAGUAGUAUCCAGUUACAAUCUGCUAGCCCCCAACCAAUUGAUGAUCAUGCACAACAAAAUGAUUUUGUUGCAACUGCAGAAACUUCAGGAUGUACAGAUUCUGAUUUUGACGGAAGAUCAAGUGAUUUUUCUGACGGUGGUGUUGCUGCAGGCACAGAAACUGAUGGUUCUGAAAAUUCCAGUCUCACUGAAGUCCCAAAACCACCAUCAGAGAAGAUGUCUAAAGGACUUCGCAGAACUGUUCAAGCGAUGAGGAAAUUUGGCCGAACUUCAUCAAACACAAUCCCUACAAUCCCCACCGCCGGCCCAGUAAAGGAACCAGUGAAGAAGUCAUCAAGUAUUAAAAAAAGCAUGAGUAUAGGCACCCUUAAGCCUCCAAAACUGUGGAAGUAAAGUAGGAAGCAGAAGCGACAAUUCAUAUUUCACUUUCACUCUUUGACCACCGUGUAAAUAUUUCAUUGGUAUGCAAUAGUUUACUUUUUUUUAGUCAUGUUGGUGACACUUUUGAGGGUAUUUGCAU